AUGCCACGCAACUUGCUCAACUCCGCACUACUUCUGGUUUUCGCUUUUGGGCUCCCAGGUCCAAGCAAUGCAGCAUGGAAGAACCUUACCGUGUCGGACUACAAGUUAAAGCAAAGUGGGUAUUCAUCCACGAUCGCGAGUUUUGACAAAGCACUCCUGAACGUCCAGGUUGGAGAUAUAAUUGGAGAUAUAAACCACAGCAAUCCGAGCACGGCUCCAAACGUGAAGCACCUCGUUACCUCGAGUGGAUAUUCAUGGGAGUCCUCGUCGGAUUUCGAUGACGCGAACACGGACAAAUGGUAUCCGCAGGGGAUCACAACCUCGGCGGAUGCCUACGAAAAAGGCGACUUUGAUGGUCAUCGUGUUCAUCUGGUUUCUUGGCAUUCAGACAAUUACGACGAUGGGAAACGUGGAGCCAGGGUCGCAUUCGUGAAUCGAGGACCGGGAGGCACCAAGAAAUAUCGUCAUGUCCUGCUUGUCCAACCGAAAGGAGAGGAUGAUUUCGAAGCGAUCACGGGCCUUCAUGCGGGCGGUAUCCUGUGGUAUGGCACAUUGAUCUACGUAGUAGACACCACCGGCGGUUUGAGGGUAUUCGACCUAGCGCAUAUGUACCAAGUGGACGGGAAUAUCAAGGACAACAUCGGUAAAUCUGGGACGAAGUAUGGAGCAUAUGGAUACAAGUGA